GGGGGUAGAAAUUUGACAAUGAAAUUGUUUAUGUCAAAAAUCGAAAAUUUCCUUGAUUUCUCUGACAGUUUCUGAAAAUUUGUCCAUAAUUUUUCUGCUUUCUAGAAAAAUAUGCAAAUAAAGUUUAAAGGGUUGUCUUACGGGUGUGUUAGUUUACGAUUUAGUGUGUUGAUACUGUAGGAAAAUGGCCACGGGCGACACUAUAGAAAGUAUUGAAGUUUUACAAUCAAAUUCAGCAUUGAGUAUGAACAAUUCCAAGGAACCUCCUGGAAUUGAUGAAGCUGAAACAGAAGGCGAAGCUGAAGACAAGGACAACAUUUCAGUGUUAAACAAAAGUCUUCAAGAUGCCGGCGAUCAGAAAUCCAUAUCAAAUGCGGCGAGGGCGAGGGCGGAAAGAGAAAAGGACAGGGAGAGGAAGAUCGGUCAUCGCAGGGUGGGGGUGGGGGGUGAGAUCACUUACAAGAAGAUCCAAACGACCACGAUCAUGGGUUCAAUCCAACUUGGAAUCCAACAUGCAGUGGGCGGUCUGGCUUCAAAGCCAGAAAGGGAUCUUCUUAUGCAGGAUUUCAUGACUGUAGAGACAACUAACUUUCCUUCCGAGGGCUCCAAUCACACACCUGCUCAUCAUUACUCGGACUUCAAGUAUAAAAACUACGCUCCCAUAGCUUUUAGAUAUUUUAGAGAUUUGUUUGGUAUACAACCUGACGAUUUUUUGAUGUCAAUGUGUGAUUCUCCUUUAAGAGAACUUUCUAAUCCUGGUGCUAGUGGUUCUAUAUUUUAUUUAACUAGUGAUGAUGAGUUCAUUAUAAAAACCGUGCAACACAAAGAAGGAGAAUUUUUGCAAAAACUACUUCCAGGUUAUUAUAUGAACCUUAACCAGAACCCCCGAACGUUAUUACCCAAAUUUUUUGGACUUUAUUGUUAUCAGUGUAAUAGUAAAAAUGUGAGAUUAGUAAUAAUGAACAAUUUGUUACCAAGUAACGUACAAAUGCACCAGAAGUAUGAUCUUAAAGGAAGUACAUACAAAAGAAAGGCUUCAAAAGCAGAAAGACAAAAAAGAUCGCCGACUUAUAAAGACCUGGACUUCAUGGAACACCAUCCAGAAGGCAUUCUAAUGGAGUCGGAUACGUACAAUGCCUUAGUUAAAACGAUACAACGAGAUUGCAGAGUUUUAGAAAGUUUUAAAAUUAUGGACUACAGCUUACUGUUGGCCAUUCACAAUUUGGAUCAAGCUCAAAGAGAAAAAUUGGAAAAGAAAUCUCAAACCAACUUAGAGUACAUUCCGCAAGAUGGAGACGCGGGCGGACCCAGCGCCACCUUCCUACAGGAAGAGAGGGAAAGAGAGAAGGAGGACCGCAUUGGCGCAGCCGCUUUGAACAGGAGCCGAUCGAUCAAUAGACAACGGCUGGUGGCGCACUCUACCGCCAUGGAGAGUAUACAGGCCGAAUCCGAACCUAUAGACGAGGACGAUGAUACGCCGCCUGGGGGCAUACCUGCUAGAAACACCAAAGGUGAACGACUUUUGCUUUUUAUAGGUAUAAUAGAUAUUUUGCAAAGCUACAGACUGAAGAAAAAGUUGGAGCAUACUUGGAAAUCUAUGAUACAUGACGGGGAUACUGUUUCAGUUCACAGGCCAAGUUUCUAUGCUCAGCGUUUUCAGAAGUUCAUGGCAGAAAAAGUUUUCAAGAAAAUCCCGUCUCGUGUUGUUUCAGCUCUUAAACAUUCGCCGUCCAAGAGGAAAUCGCUUUCAAAACCAUUAAGGCAUGAAGAAUUAAUGGAAAAUAUCAGCCCGACGGAUCACGUUCCCAUAACCAAAACAGCUCCCUUCACCCAUCAGCCUUCCGUAACGACCGCCCCCUCGUCGACCACUCCCCUCACGCCUCCCUAUUCGACCACCACGUCGGUGACGUCGCCGCCUGCGUCAUAUCCCGCCGUCCUGGUUGGUUCGAAACAGAAGGUCCCGCCCCCGGUGCCGCCCCGAGGCACGCCCAAAACCAAGAAAGACGGCAAAGGUGUAGCACCAAGCUGUUGCAGCACACCUCCUCCUACAUACUCCGAAGGCAUGGACCGAAGUGAGGCGGGUUCUACCAUUGGCUCGGUAUCGGGUCACGCCUCUUCCGCUAGAGGGAGUAGACCUCAUCAUCAUUACCAGACCCACCAUCAUAUGAUGAUUAAGAAUUAUAAAGAUGACUCUAUUAGCAUAACCGAUAUUAAGCUGGAAUCUCGAGCGGAAACCAAGUCCUCGUUGAGUGUGGAAUCGUCAGGGGGCAGUUCGACGGCCGGUGGUCAUUCUUCCGCCUCGGGCGGCGGUCACUCGUCCAGGGGCGGCCUGGCCUGGACGCCGCCCGCCUCCGUCGAGGGAUCGACGCCCACCUGGACCGAAGGUACACCUUCAUUUACCGAAUCGUCAAGUAGCGGGGAUAUGGGUUGUCCAACGACACCUUUGAAGCAGAGUUCUGCCACUUCAACAAGUAAACAACACAAGAAAACCGUCGAACAUGCUAUCAAUUGUCUGACGUCAGAAAUGACUGUGACAAGUUGCGAUACGACUAUAAGGAGCUAUUUUAUAAAAAGGUUUUUCCAAGUGUUUCAUAUAAACCUUUAGAGUUAUCGAAAGGAACAGUUGAAGAAUCGAGUGGAGAAAGAUUAUGAUUGACGGUGGCAGAGAAACAGUGAUUAACUGACUGACUAAAGGGUGUAAUAGCACACUGAUUGAAUAUCAUGAUCCAUUUUUGUUCACCAUUUCAUUUACUAAACACGGAUAUAGAGUUAAUGUAAGCGUGGUUAACUCAUGUUGCCAAAUAAUCUGUGGUGUUCAAGAAUAGCAAAAAAUUGUUAAAUCAAUUUUGUUAAACGAUAUAAAUUUAGUACCUAUUGAAAUUAACCAAAAUAAUAUGAUAAAUUUCACAAUGACUUGAUUUUUAACUUUUAAUAUUUCAGUAUAUCAUAAAUUGUUCCAUUUGAAGUUUCAGUUUUAUAUAGUUAUUGUGGAACAAGGUGAUAAUAAAAAGCAAUCAAAAAAGAUCUUACUGUUUCAUAUUUUUAAAACUUCUUCCAUUUUGUUCCAGAAAAAAACUUAUCUUUUUUGAUUUGCUGAAAACAGUAUUUUUAUCAAUGAAAGUUACGAACCGUAAUUCUGUAAUAUUACAGUAAGCUGCUAUCCUUUUAGACAUCUAGAUGAUCAAUAAGAAUGAAUAAUAUGUUCUCCAACUAAUAUUUUAGUUAUGUCAAUUUUUAUAUUUAUAUCUAUUUAAUUUUUUGAGAUCGCAUAAUCAUCGAUCGCAAGUUAACAAUAACUACAAAUAUGAUUUACCACUCAGAGUAAAAUUGUUCUGAUAAAUAUAUAAUAAUAUUUAUGUUAAAAAUAACUAAAAUAAUGAUAAAUGCAUGCAAAAUGGAAAGCAGCUUUGUCUUGUGCCAUAAGGAAAGUACAGGUUGUUCAUAUAUAUUUAGUCAAUAGCUAUUCCGUAAAUAUUGGUUUUAGAAAAAGGCUCUUUAAAUUUAGUUAUUUUUUCUGAAUCGCUGCAUUCUAAUUUUCGAAAUAGGAAGAAACUAUCAGAACUGUCAAAUUUUUGGUCAAGAUUUAUUUUUUUAAAUAAUCGUUUUAUCAAAUAUAACUAUUUUGAAACACAAUAUUUUUACAUGUGUAUUUACUUAUGUAGGUAAUUAAAAUUGUUUCGAAUUAUUAAAAUAUUGUGAAUUUGAUGGCCUAACCUUUGCCAGGACAAAUUUUAUCGCCUAUGGCCCAUUUUAUCUGUUAAUUGCAUCUAUGGCCACCAUAGAAUUGUUCCAAAAGGUGUUUUUGUUUUUUGUUUAUAUCUCUAAAACUGCAAAAAAAUCCAAGAAAAUAAUUGUUUAUUUAACUUAAGCAUCAGACAUAAAGCGUACAGUUUAAAACUAUAACUUAUUAUACAGGGUCGCUAAUAAGUAUGGGGACGGUCGAUUAUUAGGUAAAACAUACAA